UUUUUUUUAUAAUAAAUUUUGUAAAAGGUUGUAUGAUUGUUUUUGAGUUCUCUCUCUUUUCCAAGGAGUGCUUUCCGGCCCUAAUUUUCAAAGUGAAAGAAAGGCACAUCCGUCCAUCUAGAGAACAAACCUCCUUUUGUUUAGAGGACGGAGUGGCAGCCUCGAUACAAGCGGAAGUGAGAUGUAAUAUAGCGGUCGAAGAGCUAUGGUUUAACUGCUUCGCUUAUUACACCGUAUUGCCUGAAGGGGGCAUGCUGCAAGAGAGUAGGCCAUACCGGGCAACAUCUACGCGCACAAGCAUCAGGAAGUAUGGGAAAAAAGUUGUGUCAUCUUGCAAAAUUAUUUAAUUGGAAUGAUGAAGGUUUGAAAAUGA